AUAGACCACAAUGUUUCCACCCUAGCAUUUAUAAAUGUGAAAACCAUAAAGUCGUGGUUGAUGAGGAAAUAUCUUCACCUCACGUGUAUUAUCGAUUUAUCUCUUCCUACUCUUGCUUCAUGAUUGUCAGCAACUCAUAAGCAUGACUCUUCUUUCAAGACUGCAUUUUGCAAGUUGUAUGCGGAUCUAACAAGCUUCUGCCUUCUGCAUAUUAUACGGAGUAUCAAUUAAUUUGUUCAAUAUAGACUACUCCAUAUUUUUUUGUUUUCACAUCGGUUUAUGCGGUUAGAGCUUCUUUUCAAUGAUUGCCAUGGCUAAACACCUGCAAUUUUGCCCUUACUCUCCCCCUUCUCCUGCAUUCUCACACCACCGCGGAACGUUUUCUCAUUCAAUUAACCUCACCAUUUCGCCGCCUGUAUUUCGUUACCCUAACAGGGUCUCUGGAAUUUAUGAUGAAAUUCAUCCAAAAAAUCAUUUUGAGCUAAUGUCUUCCAAUGGUUGCUCCCUCAAUGCCGUGUCUUGGCAGGACGGCCCGGCUGGAAUGUUGCCAGAAGAGAUUCCAUUAUUGGAUUUGACAAAAGCACAGUCAAUGCUUAGCAUAACUGUUGUGGGAGCUUCUGGGGACCUUGCCAAGAAGAAAAUAUUUCCAGCUUUGUUUGCACUCUUCUAUGAAGAUUAUCUACCUGAGAAUUUCGUUGUCUUUGGUUAUGCUCGGACUAAAAUGAACGAUGAGGAACUACGAGACAUGAUCAGUACAACUUUAAAUUGCAGAGUUGAUAAGGGGGAGAAUUGUGAUGUCAAGAUGGAACUGUUUCUGAAAAGAUGCUUUUAUCUCUCCGGUCAAUACAGUUCUGAGGAACAUUUUGCAGAGCUGGACAGAAAACUAAAACAAAAGGAGGGUGAUAGAGUCUCUAAUAGAUUGUUUUAUUUGUCAAUACCUCCCAAUAUUUUCGUGGAUGUGGUGAAAUAUGCAAGUGGCAAAGCAUCUUCAACAAGUGGUUGGACAAGGGUCAUAGUUGAAAAACCGUUUGGACGUGAUUCAGAGUCAUCAAGACAGCUAACUGGAUGUCUAAUGAAGUAUUUAGCUGAGGAACAAAUAUUCAGAAUUGACCAUUACCUGGGAAAGGAGCUAGUGGAGAACCUCUCAGUUCUUCGUUUCUCAAAUCUUGUUUUCGAGCCUCUCUGGUCCAGAGAUUACAUUCGCAGUGUGCAGUUUAUAUUCUCUGAGGAUUUUGGUACUGAGGGAAGAGGAGGAUACUUUGACAAUUAUGGGAUCAUCAGAGACAUUAUGCAAAACCAUUUGCUUCAAAUAUUAGCAUUGUUUGCAAUGGAACCACCCAUCAGCUUGGAUGCUGAAGAUGUCCGAAAUGAAAAGGUGAAAGUCUUAAGAUCGAUGAGGCCAUUGCAGCUUGAAGAUGUGGUUAUAGGGCAGUAUAAAGGGUAUAGCAAGGGUAUAAAGUCCUAUCCAGGAUAUACAGAUGACCCAACUGUGCCCAAAGACAGUAUUACCCCAACCUUUGCUGCUUUAGCUUUAUUCAUUAAUAAUGCCCGCUGGGACGGGGUUCCUUUCCUUAUGAAAGCUGGAAAAGCACUGCACACUAAGCGAGCAGAGAUCAGGGUUCAAUUCAGACACGUUCCUGGAAAUUUGUUCAAGAAAAACUUUGGAACUGAUUUGGACAAAGCAACAAAUGAGUUGGUGCUUCGCUUACAACCAGAUGAAGCCAUUUACUUGAAAAUCAACAACAAGAUUCCCGGUCUAGGGAUGAGACUUGACCGGAGUGACCUUAAUCUUUUAUACAAAGCAAAGUAUCGAAGUGAAAUACCAGAUGCAUAUGAGAGGCUGCUGUUGGACGCCAUAGAGGGAGAGCGCAGGCUGUUCAUAAGAAGUGAUGAGCUGGAUGCUGCUUGGGCAUUGUUUACACCUUUGUUGAAAGAAAUGGAAGAGAAGAAGAUUGGACCUGAGAUGUACCCAUAUGGCAGCAGGGGUCCUGUUGGGGCCUACUAUCUUGCUGCAAAGCAUAAUGUUCGUUGGGGGGAUCUGUCUGGUGAUGAAGAAGAUUGACUAUAUUUGUACAUAGUAUAUUAUAAUCUUCAAUAAUCUUCUUUACAUCAUCCUCAAUGUCCCCAUGAUAAUAAAUGAUUGUGUAUAAGUUGUGUUUCUGGGUGGGAUAGAAUCAACAAACUGUUCUUGCUUCAGAAUUUGUCAUUGGCCUUUCUUCAUGAAUAUUACUAAAUUAAAUUCAAAAGAUAAAAAUAUGACUUAUUUUAAAAUUUUCCUAGAAUGUGAC